AACAUUUUUCCAACAUCGAAAAUCGUGUUUAUUUGCAGUGCGGGUGUGAAAUACGGCUUCUAAAAACUUAAAAAUUUUGCUAAUAUUCGCGUUAGAAUUGUGUUUUUUCAUUUGUAUUACCGAACGCAAAUGUUGCGGAUGGCGUAAAGUAUGGAGAAUUUAGGAUAAAUAUUGUGAAUCAAAUGCGGAACAGCAAAAGUGUUGAAGCUUUGUGCAGUGCAGUAGCAAGUGGAAAUUUCAAUCCUCUAAUAAGAAGCGAGUGUCAUGAUUCUUCCAAACUGCACGUCUCGUUGCGUAUAAGUACGAUUCUUACGGGAUUGAUGACGAAAUAGGAUUGUUUAUCGAGUGCAAACUUGAAAGCAGGGUAUUAAAAUGUAUUCUCAAUAUAGGGAUAGUAUUUGGAACCGGAUUCGGAUGAAGAACAGUGAAAUGAACAGAGCCUUCAACCAGAACAAGUUUCAUGUAGACAAUAGUGUUGAUUCGGAAUGGGAUUUGAGUCAGAUUGAGCUGCAAGAGGAGCAAAAUAGUGGAAGUAUUCCGACAAUUGAGUUGGAAGAUGAUGACGAAGUAGACGUGGGAUGUGGACCGCCGACAUUGACCCAACGGGUCCGCAAUAUCCCGAUCAGGGUUGAACGAUCCGUUUCGCCGGCACAUACAGUCUCGCCGACUCCGCCGGCGGAGAGUACCAUGGUGCGCCGAACGAUCCACGACCAUCGAACUCAUCUACCGAGUUCUACCAACACGCAAGCGGAACAUGAGCAACAGCGGGUAACCGUUUUACCGACCCCGGCUGGGAUCAUCCUGAAUCGGGUCUACCAUAAGAACCCGACCGCACAUAAGGACAACUAUUUCAGUUUUCAAGACACUCCACCGUCGCCGGGAGCACUGCCGGCGUCGGUCAUUUUCGGCGAUCGACCGACCAGUGCUGAGCCAAAGAUAGUAAUGACCGCAAACCAUUACGAUAAGCGCAUCGUCCGCCGGUCAUUCGAUAAGUCCUGCACAGCUACUUCUACGAAAACCAGUCGACAGCAGAAAAACAGUGGCCCAUAUCGACUACUGGGAGUAAUCGACCUGGAACCAGAUACAGAAUCUGAAACUACAGAAUCAUGCAGUCAGUCGGUUAGUGGGGAUGAACCGACCUCAGUGGAGUCAUCAAAGCAUCGUGAUAUCAGAACACCAACCAAUUCGGCCCUCCUGGGAAGUUCAACCAGGUCAAACGAGUCACCAAGAGUGGAAGACAACAAUCCAUUAACGAUAGAAAUCGAUGAGGAUGACAUCGAGGAAGAUACUCGUAUGGAAUUGUCCGAUGAAGAGGGAGCGAUCGAUUUGCAAACAGUCAAUGAAGACCAGCCUUUGCCUGGAACAUCCAAAGACUGUUCCAAUAGUAAUCUACCCAUUGAUCAGUGUACCUUGAAGGACUCGGAUAGCAGCUCGACGGCACAGGUUAACCCUUCAUCGAUGGCAAACUCCUUCUGGGACGUAUCCAGUUCCGGGUGCGUUAAGAUACCUAGUGAAAAUAAGGUAUCAUCCUCUGCAAACCGGCCAUACAAAUACACAGAAUUCGACGCAAUGCUAGAAAAAAUAAACCAACAAGUGCCAGCUAUGUCUCAGCAAGAUCGCGUGGAGCACUGGCGCGUAACAAAAGAGGACCUUCUUUAUUCUAUCCCCACUGUGGCAGAAAUAGAAAGCACAACGUCAGUCAAACGACACAUGGACGAGGCGAUCCACAUUUCUAGUAGUGAAAGUAGUUCCGAUUCGGAGACCAGUGAUAGUCCUAGCUUACUCCGGGAACGACAGUUACGCGAAAAGUACAAGAAACGGCGGAUGGCCGUCGAUUCGACUGAUCCCGCAAAUCCUGCCUUGCCCGUAAGCAAGGAUUUGGAUUUUCGGAGAAGCCAAUUGAACCCUGAAAUCGAUAAGACUCCAUGUAGUAUGAUUCAAAUCCGAAAACAUUAUUACAAAUUUCCUACUCGUUUUGAUCCAACACUAGAAGAAAAACACGAGCUUUCUUCCGGUGUUCCAUAUGCCUCGUUCCUGCAUGACGAGAAGGAAAGAAACAAAUGUAAGGAAUAUUUACGCUACAAUCCGGCGUAUUGUCCUGAUCUCAAGCCACGUAGCCGCCACCUGCCGGUCGGUGUUGAAAACAAAGUAGCCGUCGUAGUUAUUUCGCCGCUCAAAAUAACAACAACGGAAGGUGACAACGGCGUGGAGAUCGCUGUAAACAAUAGCAAAACGAUCAUUCGACAACAGCCCGAUCUUCUGGUCGAACGACCAAAAUCAGCUGAUCGGGUCUCGCAUUACGGUAAAAUCCGAUCUAGGGGAGCGCCGCCCUCAGUCGUUGCCAGGAAGCGGCGUUAUAAAGUGCAUAGUGCUCAGCAGAAACGGAAAAAAUCAAUCAUGGUCGUCACUUCUUCCAAUCUUCGGAGCUACCGACGGUUAGUUUUAAAAGCAGGAUAUUCGCUCCGGAACGGAAAAGUGCGCAAAAAGCAGUCUUUUGUAAAUUUGAAACAAAAUCGACGCCCGAAACGGAAACUAGAACCGUCACACAAAGCGGAUCGGCAGAUGGGUGCUGCAAGUGAUUCUACCACGGCACCAAUUCGGCGCAACAGUCGCGUUUCAGUGGACAGUGCUGUAAGCAGUUCAACUUCCGCCGAGCGUCAAAACAACCACACACAACGGCCUGCAGCAGCGGUUGGCGGAGUGCCGGAGGUGGCUAAGCUUCCCUUACCCAGCGAGUUGCGAACGAUAAAAAAUCCCGUGGAUCGUGCAAACGGCGAAGUGCAGAUGGUUUAUUAUGCGGCCGAUACGAUCAUCGUCAUUCAGCAGGAUCUGAUUAGCUUCUGGGAGUGUUCGAAAUUAGCAUCACUUUUGGGGCUGCAGCAAGAGCUGCAACCAUUGGGACAGAUGAAACGAGCCCAAACCGACACUAUCGUUGACUCAACCAAUUUCAACCGUCUAUGCUUCAACGAAGGGGAAGUAAUCUACUUGGAACCUAGAGCUCGCAACUUGGAUGAAGACGACGCUCGGCUAUGCCCGUUGGCUUCACUCUACAUUAACUGCUAUUUUGUCGGUGCAAACGAAGAGAAGGAGACACCAAGCCUCCGUAUGAAGUCAUUGCAACUGGAUAGUGUUCGAAGCGAAAUAUCGGACAUACUGUUUACACCUUUACCACGGUCCCGAUACUUCAUCAUAUGCUGGCACGAGCUACUGGCGGAAAACGAACAUCGGACUGGCAUGUGCAAGUACAGCUUGACGCCGGAUUUGGAAACACUCGCUAGUAUCCGAGAGUUUCCCACCGUGACACAGAAGAUCGCUAGUUUGAAGUGUUUGGACGGCAAUAGGCUGAUUGGGCUGGGAAGCACUACCGUUGCCAUAUGGAAUUACGACAAUGGCUGUUUGGUGUUUACGGUGGAUUUGAAGGUGGAAAUACAGACGCCAUUAGCUGCUUUCAUUUACAAUGAGAAGGAGGAUAGUGCUCUAUUCCUAAUCCAAUUGUGUCCGUCCGCGGGAGAGAACCUUAUGCGUAAAACCAUCAAAAUUAUGGCUAUCAAUAUGAAAAAACGGUCUUGGCACCUGGUACAAAACUACGAUAUACCACUGGAAUCUAGCAGCAUCCUGACUGAAUCGUCCACCCUGCACGAAGUCGGGCUUCACUGUACCACCUUCCAGAGCGGUGAAUUGCUGGCAAUCAGCCUGGAUGAUCUCACAACAUGUUUCACCAAUCAUAAGCAGUUGCAGGGCCCGGACGGUCGACGCAUCACCCGAGACAAGGUCGCUAUGAGGGAAAAAUUAUUCCUUAACGCAGCUAACGGCAGACAGUUGGUAUUGGUCAGUGAUAAGUCCAUAAAACUGAGAACAAUCGACGAGUAUGCGCUGGCGUGCAGAUAGAAGGUAAACCAAGGUGGCAAACUGAGCCAUCAAUAGUCAGUCAGUCAAACAUAGUGCAUACGUGGAUAGGAUGGGACUGAAUCGAGCAAGAUUGUACACAAAUAAUGUCCAUAAUGAUAGGAGUAUUGUGUUGCCCCUCCUUUGUCCUAUACUUUAAGUAAUGGGGACAUUUAGUGUUGUUGACCUUCUAAUGUUUUAGCUUUUUAAAAUGUGAUUUUGUCACAAGAAGAUAAAUCUCCCCAAUCGUACUCGAUUGAGCAAAUUGUGAGUCCUUUCGAGCAAACCAUUAGAUACUUUAUUUCGGAAACUAGUUUCGCGAGUUUGUUCAGUACGGUAGAAUUUUUGUGUUCAGCGGAUUCACAAGACUUGGUUCAAUUAUUUCAUUUAAAGCGAGACUAAUAUAUAUUUUAAAAUGUUUAGCGAUGUUCGACACAAUGGAAUGAAGAUGAAAAAACUACUAUUUAAAUAUUUACUACCAUAAUACAUUGAAACUUAUUAGCUUAUUCGACUUGGAAAUAUUCGUAUGUAACGAAUAAAUCCACUUGCAUACUAGUUGUUGCUAUAAAAAAUGUAUGGCGGUAUAAUAGAAGUGCAAAAUAAAUAAAAUGAUUUAUUUUUGAACCAGAUAUAUAA